AUGUCGCGCCUCGCCGCGGCGGCGACCGCGCUCGCGCGACGCCUCGCGUCGACGUCCGACGCGCUGAGCCAUCUCGGCUGGGUCCGCGCGGCGUCGACCGCGCGCGGAGGAGGAGGCGGGGGCGACGACGACGACGACGACGACGGGUCGCUGUUCCGCGUCGUCGACGACCCGGACGGGAUCGCGAAGGAGACGCCGCCGCGCGGCGCGAACGCGAAGGCCGGUGGCGUCGUCACGUCCGCGAUGAAGUGGCCGCUGCGACCGGAGGUGCUCGCGAACGUGGCGAAGUCGGCGGGCUUCAGCGCGGAUCACUUCGCCGCCGCGCGCGCGAAGGCGGCGAAUCCGACCGCGGACGCGGACGAGAACGACAUGGACGACGAGGAGCUGGAGAUUCUGGCGAUGUUGCGCGCGGACGAGGCGAGGGAGAAGAAGGCGACGGAGGACGAGAUCGAGCGCGCGAAGGAGACGCGCAGGAGGUCGUCGGACGGGGGGUUCAUCGACGCGCCGCCGCCGCCGCCGCGGACGACGACGACGACGACGACGACGAAAUCGAAAUCGAAAUCGAAAUCGAAAUCGAAACCCGGGCUCACGCUCGCCGCGAUGCGACGCCUCCCGAAAGAAGACCUCGAGCGCGCGAUCGAGAUCGCCGGGCUGGGACUCGGCGGCGGUCGGAGGACGCGCGCGGCGAUGAUCGACGACUUGUUCGAGCGCUUCGAGAGCGCCGAGGCGGCGACCGCGAAGAAGUAUCUGGAGGACGCGGUCGCGUCGACGAGAGAGGCGGCGCGUCUGAAGCGCGCGGCGAAGACGAGAGCGACCGCGACGGCGACCGCGGCGGACGACGUCGACGACGAGGAGGAGGAGGAUGAAGAAGAGAACCUGGAAGAGCUUCGGGAGAUGGCGGAAGCCGCGGGCGUGCCGUUCGACGAGGUCGAUAAGAUCGAACGCGACGGCGAGCUCUCCGAGGAGGACGAGAGAGCGCUCAACUACGUCCACGCGUUUCAACCCGGGGAGCUCGUGGACAUCCUCCUGAGAGCGCGCGGCGUCGACGUCGUCCACAUCCCGCUCGGGGAGCGGUGCAAGUGGACGGAGCACUUCAUCAUCGCGACGGCGAAGUCGCCCCGGCACAUCCGGAUGCUCGCCGGCGCGGCGCUCCACGCGGUGAAAAGCCGGACGAGCGCCGAGGCGCGCGCGCACUACGACCUCGAAGGGUUGUGGGCGAAGGGGGUGGAGCUCGAGAAGCGCAACAACCCGGACGAGGUCUUGACCAUCGACACGAUCACGACGCACGGCGGGCGGGGGAACGCGGCGUUCAGGGGCGUCGCCGCCGCGCGCGCGGACGACGAAGACGUGGACGACGACGACGACGUGGACGACGACGACGACGUGGACGACGACGACGACGACGACGACGACGACGCGAGUGAAGAUAGACUAGACAUCGACUUAGAGCACAGCGGCGGAUUGGAAGAGUACGAGGACGAGUACGUCGAGCCGCCGUCGUACGCGCUAGGGAGCCUGACGGAGCUGACGCAGAAGAAGGCGGGUAUGAAGACGCGCGGGGGGAAGAAGGAGAAGAAGGAGAAGGCGCGAGACCCGGACGACACCCCGUACGUCUUCCUCCGCGCGGCGACGAUCGACUCGCGCGACGGCGAGGAGCACCCGCCGCGUCGCGACGACGUCCGCCGUCGACGGCUCGGCGUCGUCGACGCGACCCCGCUCCCCUCGAGCGCUUCUCCUCCGCCCUUGCCCUUCGACCCUCGUCCCCCGCCGCGGUGGUGGCGCCGCGCGGACGGCGCGCGGCAGCACGUCUUCCGCCUCGCCUCCGUCGCCGCGCGCGCGAAGCUCGAGGACGCGCUCGGCGACGACGGAGAGAUCGCGGGGUACGUCCCCUCCAGCGCGUAUCUCGUCGUCGCGUCCCCGGAGGCGGCGAGGCGCGCGAACGACUUGGAGGAGACGACGUGGAGUGGCGUCCUGAGACCGUCGCACGUCGUGGCGCCGGAGCUCUGGAGAGCCCUGGUCGAUGACGCGGACAGGACGAGGUUGGCGCGCGUCUGGGGUGGCCCUAGUGACGAGGUCCACGUGAAGUCGUGGACAUGGAAAGUGAACCUGCCGCCGGUGAGGGACGUGGACGCGCGCGCCGCCGCGGAGGAUCUCCGAGCGACGUUGAUGUCACGAUUCAAAAAAACCGGAAGCGACAACCCGUUUUGGUUUAAGGUUGGAACACUGCCCGACAGCCUCGGUGAGGUGCACCACGCUGAAGAUAUCGAGCGGCGAGCGAUAUCGAGCGACUACGAGCGCCGCGACGGCAUCAGCGUCAAAGUCGUCCAAUUCGAAUAUCUCGACGACGACUACUACGAGGACUGGAUCCCCCGCGUGUUAGCCGCGCUGUCUGAGAGGCCGUACGUGCACUGGAUCGAAAACGUGCCGACGAUGAAGGCCGCGAACAUGCAGACGUCUUCGGUCAUCCAGACCGGCGCCGGGGACGACGGCGGCGAGAGUCGAUCGCCGCGCGACGCCGCGGGGGCGAGCGGCGGCGCGGGGCGGCCGGUGUGGGACGCCGGGCUCACCGGCCGCGGGCAGCUCGUCGGCGUCGGCGACAGCGGCUUGGACGUCGACUCGUGUUGGCUGCGAGAUCGCGACGGGAACGCCCCCGGGAGCGCGCAUCGGAAGAUCCAGGCGUAUCUCAGCGAGUACGGCGACGACGUCGACGGGAACGGGCACGGGACGCACGUCGUCGCGAGCAUAUGCGGCGACGCGGACGCGGAGGUGGACGAGAACGAAGAGAACGAAGAGAACGAAGAGAACGACGCGAGGCGGCCGUCCGAUUUCGACGGCAUGGCGAAGCACGCGCGCGUCGUGUUCACGGACAUCGGCGUCGGCGACGGGGACAUCUUAUACCUCCCGACGUCCAUGGAGAUCUACUACUCGCUCGCGUACGAUAACGGCGCGCGCGUGCACAGCGACAGCUGGGGCAACGACGCGCCGCUGUACGACGGCCUCGCGCGCGAGGUGGACGACUACGCGUGGCGGCGGCGGGAUUUUCUCCCCGUCUUCGCCGCCGGGAACUUUGGCGGGCACAACGGCGUCGUCUCCACGGUGACGUCGCCGUCGACGUGCAAGAACGGGAUCAGCGUCGGCGCUUCGUUAGGGUGGGACGGACCGACGCCCGCGCCGAGCGCCGUCGGCGAUAGUUACGACAUGCGAGUGACCGUCCGCGCCCCGGGCGCGGCCGCCGCCGCCGACGACGAGGACGACGACGCCGAGACCUUUCGCGUGUACGCCGCGUCCGCGUCCAUGGGACCCGGCGCGUUCCCGACCGACGCGCCGCUCCCGCUCUCGAUCGUCGUCGCGGCUCCCGAAGACGCGUGCGCGCCGCUGACGAACGCCGCCGACGUCGCCGGCGCGGUCGCGUUGAUCGCCCGCGGCGGGUGUCUCUUCACCGCCAAGAUUGCGAACGCGCGAUCCGCGGGCGCCGCCGUCGCCGUCGUCUCCAACGACGACGUCACCGGGUUCUUUAAGAUGGGCGCGCGGUACGACGCCGACGCCGACGCCGCGGACGCGGCGAGCGACGAAGAAGACGGAGACGGAGACGAAGACGGAGACGGCGACGGCGACGGAGAUCCGAACGCGAUUCCGUCCGGGUCGAUCCCGCUGAGCUCCGCGGUGAGGCUGCGCGCGGCGACGCGCGCCGGGGACGUCUUCGCGACGUUCGCGCGCGCGGAAGUCAGCGAGAGGCGGGUCGACCACGUCGCCGGGUUUAGUUCGUUCGGCCCGACGGAGGACGGCAGGGUGAAGCCGGAUAUCGUCGCCCCGGGGGAGAUAACGUCCGCUUCCGGGCCGUUUCUUCGGUUCAACGCGGUCCCGACGAUCGUCGGCGGCGACGCCGACGCCGACGAAACACGAAAAUCAGAGACGCUCGACGCGUACGCUCGAUGCGCCGUCGUGCAAAUCGCGGGCACGUCCAUGGCGACGCCGAUCGUCGCUGGCGCGGCGAUCCUCGCGCGGCAGUACUUCGCCGACGGCUUCUACCCCUCCGGCGUCGCGAACGCCUCCGACGGGUUCGCUCCGUCGAGCGCGCUCCUCAAGGCGACGCUCAUCAACGGCGCCGCGCCGAUGUCGGGGUUCACGUCCGCCGGCGUCCCCUUAGGCGCGUUCUGCACACUGGUUACCAUACGACCGCGUUGGCGUGAGCCGCCGCCGUCGGUCAGGCAAGGGCACGGCCGCGCGCACGUCGGGCGGAGCCUGCCCACGGGGCCGUUCCUCGACGGCGACGGCCGCGAUCGGAUGUUCGCCGUGGACGACGCGACGUUGGCGACCGGAGAGGCGCACGCGUGGUGUCUGAGCGUCGUGCCUCGCGCGGAGGAGGAAGCGCCGGACGACGACGCGUCCUUCUCGGAGCUGCGCGUCACGUUGGCGUGGACGGACCCUCCCGCGGCGCUUCCUUCCGCCGGGCCAACGCUCGUGAACGACCUCGACCUCGAGGUCGAGCGCGUCGUCGUCGACGUGGACGUCGGUCGACACGCGGCGGGCUUCGAUUGGGCGAGAGGCGGCGGCGGAUUCGGAGAGGGCGCGCCGCGCGACGGGAGAAACAACGUCGAAAAGGUGGCGACGCGCGUUCGAUCGCCCGCGACGUACGUCGUGCGCGUGAUCGGGCACGCGGUGCGGUGGACGCCCGCGGACGCGCCGAGGGGGCAGCCGUACGCCUUCGUCGCGACCGCGCCGGGGUUGCGAGUCGUCGCGUGCCCCCCGGGCGCGGGCGGCGGCGGCGGCGCGGCGGCGGCGACCGCGACGGACUCCGAUCCGGCCGCGAGGGACGCGCCGGCGCCGCGGCCGCCGUGCCGUUGGUGGGAAUAUCUCGAUCCGCAGUGUUGGUGA